AUGGCUCACGCAGCUGCUUCCAUUAAAAAAGUUCGAGAGUCUGAACUCGAAGAGAGGGAGAGAAACCUUGAGAAGGAAAGGAAACGGCAGCGGAAAAUCUCUAGGGCAGAUCGGAAACGCAAGUCUGACAGCAAUGCAAGCUUCCUCCGAGCUGCUAGAGCUGGCAAUCUGGACAAAGUAGUGGAAUACCUGAAAAGUGGAAUAGACAUUAACACAUGUAAUCAGAAUGGACUCAAUGCUCUGCACCUGGCGGCUAAAGAAGGCCACGUGGGACUGGUACAAGAAUUAUUGGAAAGAGGGUCGGCUGUGGAUUCUGCCACUAAGAAAGGGAAUACAGCCCUGCACAUUGCAUCCUUAGCAGGACAAGCUGAAGUUGUCAAAGUUCUGGUUAAGGAAGGAGCCAAUAUCAAUGCACAAUCUCAGAAUGGCUUUACUCCUUUAUAUAUGGCAGCUCAAGAGAACCACAUUGAAGUGGUGAAAUAUCUCCUGGAGAAUGGAGCUAACCAAAGCACAGCUACUGAGGACGGUUUCACUCCUCUAGCUGUUGCACUGCAACAAGGACACAACCAGGCGGUGGCCAUCCUCCUGGAGAAUGAUACCAAGGGGAAAGUGAGGUUACCAGCUCUGCAUAUUGCCGCUAGAAAAGACGACACCAAAUCAGCGGCGCUCUUGCUGCAGAACGACCAUAAUGCUGAUGUGCAGUCCAAGAUGAUGGUGAAUAGGACGACUGAGAGUGGCUUUACACCUUUGCACAUAGCUGCGCACUAUGGAAACGUCAAUGUGGCAACGCUUUGAGGAGCUGCGGUCGAUUUCACAGCAAGGAAUGGAAUCACCCCACUGCAUGUGGCUUCCAAAAGGGGAAACACAAACAUGGUGAAGCUCUUGUUGGAUCGUGGAGGGCAGAUCGAUGCCAAAACCAGGGAUGGACUCACCCCACUCCACUGUGCUGCAAGAAGUGGACAUGACCAAGUUGUGGAGCUUCUCCUGGAGCGAGGUGCCCCGCUGCUUGCACGGACCAAGAAUGGACUUUCUCCACUUCACAUGGCGGCCCAGGGGGACCACGUGGAAUGCGUCAAACACCUGCUGCAGCACAAAGCUCCCGUGGACGAUGUAACGCUGGAUUAUCUGACUGCCCUCCAUGUGGCUGCACACUGCGGCCACUAUCGCGUCACCAAACUCCUUCUGGACAAGAGAGCAAAUCCCAAUGCUCGUGCCCUGAAUGGUUUUACUCCACUGCACAUUGCCUGCAAGAAAAAUCGCAUCAAAGUCAUGGAACUCCUGGUGAAAUAUGGGGCUUCAAUCCAGGCUAUAACAGAGUCGGGCCUCACACCAAUACACGUGGCUGCAUUUAUGGGCCACUUGAACAUAGUCCUCCUUCUGCUGCAGAACGGAGCCUCUCCCGAUGUCACUAACAUUCGUGGAGAAACUGCGCUGCACAUGGCGGCACGUGCUGGGCAGGUGGAAGUAGUUCGCUGCCUCCUGAGAAACGGGGCUCUGGUUGAUGCCCGAGCCAGGGAAGAACAGACUCCACUGCACAUUGCUUCUCGCUUGGGUAAAACGGAGAUCGUCCAACUUCUGCUACAGCACAUGGCCCACCCUGAUGCCGCGACAACUAACGGGUACACUCCACUCCACAUCUCUGCCAGAGAGGGACAAGUUGAUGUCGCGUCGGUUCUCCUAGAGGCAGGUGCCUCACACUCCAUGUCCACCAAAAAGGGAUUCACACCUUUGCAUGUGGCGGCUAAAUAUGGGAGCCUGGAAGUGGCAAAACUCCUGCUGCAGCGUCGUGCCUCUCCUGAUUCAGCUGGCAAGAACGGCCUCACCCCCCUCCAUGUGGCGGCCCAUUACGACAACCAGAAGGUGGCCAUGCUGCUGCUGGAGAAGGGCGCCUCGCCCCACGCGACCGCCAAGAAUGGAUACACCCCUCUGCAUAUUGCUGCCAAGAAAAAUCAGAUGCAGAUAGCUACCACUCUGCUGAACUAUGGGGCUGAGACCAAUAUUUUGACCAAGCAGGGAGUCACCCCGCUUCAUUUGGCCUCCCAAGAAGGUCACACUGACAUGGUGACCUUGCUUUUGGAGAAAGGAUCCAAUAUCCAUGUGGCAACAAAGACUGGACUGACAUCCUUACACCUUGCAGCUCAAGAGGAUAAAGUGAAUGUAGCUGAAAUACUCACAAAACAUGGUGCGAACCAAGACGCUCAGACAAAGCUUGGUUAUACACCUUUAAUUGUGGCGUGUCACUAUGGAAACAUCAAAAUGGUGAAUUUUCUUCUCAAGCAGGGAGCAAAUGUCAAUGCUAAAACAAAGAAUGGCUACACCCCUCUUCACCAAGCUGCUCAGCAAGGCCACACUCACAUCAUUAACGUUCUCCUCCAACAUGGGGCCAAACCCAACGCCAUCACCACUAAUGGUAACACUGCCUUAGCUAUUGCAAGGCGCCUGGGAUAUAUCUCAGUGGUCGAUACGCUGAAGGUUGUAACGGAGGAGAUAACUACCACCACAACUACUGUAACAGAGAAGCACAAGCUAAAUGUACCUGAGACAAUGACUGAGGUCCUGGAUGUUUCCGAUGAAGAAGGUGAUGACACAAUGACAGGAGAUGGAGGAGAGUACCUCAGGCCAGAAGACCUCAGAGAACUAGGAGAUGACUCUUUACCAAGCAGCCAGUUCUUAGAUGGUAUGAACUACCUAAGGUACAGCUUGGAAGGAGGGCGAUCUGACAGCACCAUGCCCAGCCUGCGAUCCUUCAGUUCAGACAGGUCCCACACUUUGAGCCAUGCCUCCUACCUGAGGGACAGUGCCAUGAUCGACGAUACGGUUGUGAUCCCCAGCCAGCAGGUAACAACUCUGGCCAAAGAAGCUGAAAGGAAUUCAUAUCGCUUAAGCUGGGGCCCUGAAAACUUGGACAAUGUGGCUCUUUCUUCCAGCCCAAUUCAUUCAGGAUGCUCUUCUCCAUGUCUUGAUCAUGACAACAGCAGCUUCCUAGUUAGUUUCAUGGUGGAUGCUCGUGGGGGUGCCAUGAGAGGCUGCAGACAUAACGGACUGCGAAUCAUUAUUCCUCCGCGGAAAUGCACGGCUCCAACACGAGUGACUUGCCGGUUGGUGAAACGCCACAGACUGGCCACCAUGCCUCCCAUGGUGGAAGGCGAAGGUCUGGCCAGCCGCCUGAUUGAAGUUGGACCUUCUGGUGCUCAGUUUCUUGGUAAACUUCAUCUGCCUACGGCUCCUCCCCCACUUAAUGAGGGAGAAAGCUUGGUCAGCCGAAUCCUUCAGCUGGGGCCUCCUGGGACCAAAUUCCUUGGGCCUGUGAUUGUGGAGAUUCCCCAUUUUGCUGCUCUGCGUGGGAAAGAGCGAGAGCUGGUGAUCCUGCGCAGUGAGAAUGGGGACAGCUGGAAGGAGCAUUUCUGUGAAUACACUGAGGAUGAACUGAAUGAAAUCUUGAAUGGGAUGGAUGAAGUGCUUGACACUCCAGAGGAGCUUGAGAAGAAACGUAUCUGCCGCAUCAUCACCCGAGAUUUCCCUCAGUACUUCGCGGUGGUAUCCCGGAUCAAACAGGACAGCAACCUUAUCGGACCUGAGGGCGGUGUGCUGAGCAGCACUGUUGUGCCACAAGUGCAGGCAGUCUUUCCAGAAGGAGCUCUAACCAAACGAAUUCGCGUUGGCCUCCAGGCUCAACCUAUGCAUACUGAACUUACAAAGAAGAUUUUAGGCAACAAGGCUACCUUCAGUCCUAUAGUCACACUGGAGCCCAGGAGAAGGAAGUUCCACAAACCCAUCACGAUGACGAUUCCCGUCCCCAAGGCCUCCACUGAUGGGAUGAUGAAUGGCUAUGGAGGUGACACACCUACUUUAAGGCUACUAUGCAGCAUAACAGGAGGAACCACCCCUGCCCAAUGGGAAGACAUCACUGGAACAACACCACUAACAUUUGUUAAUGAAUGUGUUUCCUUCACAACAAAUGUGUCUGCCAGAUUCUGGUUGAUAGACUGUCGACAGACACAAGAAUCUGUUACUUUUGCUUCCCAAGUGUACAGAGAGAUUAUCUGUGUCCCCUACAUGGCCAAAUUUGUGGUGUUUGCCAAGUCACAUGAUCCCAUUGAAGCACGGUUAAGAUGCUUUUGCAUGACAGAUGACAAGGUGGAUAAAACUCUAGAACAACAAGAAAAUUUUGCUGAAGUUGCCAGAAGCAGGGAUGUAGAGGUAUUAGAAGGAAAACCCAUCUACGUUGACUGCUUUGGCAAUUUGGUGCCACUAACAAAGAGUGGGCAACAUCAUAUAUUCAGUUUUUUUGCCUUCAAAGAAAACAGACUUCCUCUCUUUGUUAAGGUGCGAGAUACCACUCAAGAACCCUGUGGACGAUUAUCAUUCAUGAAGGAGCCAAAGUCUACGAGAGGCCUCGUUCAUCAAGCCAUAUGCAAUUUAAACAUCACUUUACCCAUUUACACAAAGGAAUCAGAAUCAGAUCAAGAACAAGAAGAAGAGGUUGAUAUGACUUCAGAAAAAAAUGACGAGACAGAAUCGACAGAAACAUCUAUCCUGAAAAGCCAUCUGGUUAAUGAAGUCCCUGUACUAGCCAGUCCAGACCUGUUGUCUGAAGUUUCUGAGAUGAAACAAGAUCUGAUCAAAAUGACUGCCAUCUUGACAACUGACCCCUCUGAUAAAUCAGGCUCCAUUAAAGUGAAAGAUCUUGGAAAACCCGCUGAAGAAGAGCCAGGAGAGCCUUUUGAAAUAGUUGAGAGAGUGAAAGAAGACUUAGAAAAAGUAAAUGAAAUUCUGAGAGGUGGAUCUUAUACCAGCGAAGAACAUGUUUUGCAGAAGUCUCUUUCCAAACAAGAACUUGUAGAAGAAGAAUGGGUCAUUGUCAGUGAUGAAGAAAUUGAAGAGGCCAGAAGGAAUGCUCCUUUAGAAGUCACUGAACCUACCUGCGUAGAAGUCAGGGUGGACAAAGGGACAACAAAAACGGAGAAGCCAGACAUGACAGGAAUGGUAGACUACCUUACAGAGGAUUUAAAAACAUACGUUUCUCUUCACGAGGUACAGCCACAAGCCUUACAGGAAGACUUAGUAGAAGAGAGAUUUGAAGCUGUAGUGAUAAGCAGGGAUUCUGAAAAAGGAGGACAAGAGUCUCCGACCACUGAGGCACAAAGUCCGCAGGAGCAACACAAGCCAGCCUUAGACAUUAAAAAGCCGGUUAGGACAAAAUUAAGAGACAAGCAAAAGCAAAAGGAAGGCAAGGUGCACAGCAGCGAGGAACAAUCGGGACGAACGAAGCUCGCUUCAGACGAGUCAGUAGGUGAGGAACCUGGCUUAACACCGACGAGUGCCCCUGAGGCUAAAGCUGUGUCCCCUGUUAUCGAGGAAACUCCUAUUGGCUCAAUAAAAGAUAAAGUUAAAGCUCUUCAGAAACGAGUGGAAGAUGAGCAGAAAAUACGGUCGAAACUACCUGUCAGAAUUCAAACCAGAGAGGGCACUGCUGAAAAGGCUUCUAAAAGACCAGCGCAAGUCAAAAAGCCGGUGGGGCACAAAGUGCAACCGCCUGUUUCACCGUCUUCUAAGACGGAAAGACUUGAAGAGACCAUGUCAGUUCGUGAGCUGAUGAAAGCCUUCCAGUCAGGUCAAGACCCCUCCAAGAAUGUAUCUGGACUGUUUGAGCACAAGUCCGUCAAACAGAAGCAGCAGGUGCCCGAGAAGGAAACAACACGGAGAAAAACAAUUUCUUCACAAAGCGAAACAAGACGAGUAUCAAGCCACAAGACGGAUAAACAGAAAGACAAACCGAGCACGAUAUUAAAAGCGGAGAAAGAGCCACAAUCAAAAAAAGGAAAACUGCAUAUUUCUACUGUUGAAAUUACCAAGAAAGCUGUGGGUAAAGAGCAGGUAAAAGCGCAGAGCAAAAAACCAGCUGAACCUCUCCCUCCAGUGUUUGAUGAUGAAAGUGCCAAAGAUACGGCAGCUGUGAAGGGCAGGACUUGUGAUGACCAAGGAGAUACCGACUUCCAGAUCAGCCCCGACAGGAAAACCUCAACAGACUUCUCUGAUGUCAUUAAAGAAGAACUGGAGGAUAAUGACAAAUACCAACAGUUCCGACACCUUUCAGUGACAGAGGAGGGAGAGCUUAACUUGGAGCAAGUACUGACCAGUCCUUUCAGCGUUGCUUUUCCCACAGAGUACGUGAAAGAUGGAUUCCUUCCUGCUCUUUCUCUGCAAAGUGCCGCUUUUGAUGGGAGCUCAGAGAGCCUCAAGCAUGAAGGUGUGGCCGAUUCUCCAGGUAGUCUGCUUGAUGGAACCCCUCAGAUCAGCUCUGAGGAAAGUUAUAAGCAUGAGGGUCUGGCAGAGACUCCAGAAACAAGCCCUGAAAGCCUUUCCUUCUCGCCAAAGAAAACCGAUGAGCAAAUUGAAGAAGCUAAAGGAGCAGCUAAAGCACAGACAGCAGCAGAAACAUGUUCUCCGAAGGAACUCUCUCCAAAGGAAGAUGAAAAAGGUAUUACUCAAAGAGAGCUAGAUGCUGUUACUGAGACUAGUAAGUCUCAUUCUGACCAUGUAUCAGAAGAGCUUGUACCUACAGCCUCUGAAGAAGAGGCUGAUAAACUUAAAGAAAGUAGCUCAGCUUCCAUUAUGAAAGAUAUUAGCAGGGAUAAAGAAUCCACAACCACUGCACAGUUAACUUCUGAAACACAUGACACUGCUUUAGAGAAAGAAAAAGAUAUAACCUGUGAACGCCGUGUUGUGGUUAGAAGCCCCCAGAAAUUGGAACUUUCACUUGCUAGCCAUGAUAGUGAAAGCUUUAGCCCAGUUGCAGAUGACUCUGUGGCGAUAAGUCAUAAAGACUCCCUGGAAGCCAGCCCAGUGCUAGAAGAUAACUCAUCACACAAAACGCCUGACUCUUUGGAGCCCAGUCCUAUGAAAGAGUCUCCCUGCCGUGAUUCCCUUGAAAGUAGCCCUGUAGAGCAAACAGUGAAGGCUGGUAUUUUGGGGCAGGGUCCUCUUCAGUCUGUCCUUAGCAAAGGAGACCCCUGCCCAGAGCUGGCAUCGGUGCGUUCCAGGAUUCUCCGUGACCCUGAGGGAAGUGCUGAUGACGACAGUCUAGAACAAACAUCCCUCAUGGAGAGUUCAGGGAAAAGUCCUCUUUCGCCUGAAACUCCUAGUUCUGAAGAAAUUAGCUAUGAAAUCACACCUAAAACAGCAGACUCGCAGGCACUGUCGAACAUACCAAAGUCAGCUGCGAUCCCUGAAGUCAGCGAAGAACCAGAGGAUGAUUCAGAAAGCGAACCAAAGAAGAGAUUCACCCCUGAAGAGGAGAUGUUUAAAAUGGUGACCAAAAUCAAAAUGUUUGAUGAAUUAGAACAAGAAGCAAAACAGAAGAGAGAUUACAAAAAGGAUGGUAAGCAAGAUGAAGCUUCUGUAGUGGCUGAUUCAGAAGGUGCAUGUGAAGCUGAAGAACCACAGGCCACAGCUGCAGAAGAAAAAGGUAUACCUACAGUGGCGAUGUCUGCAGCCGAAUCUAGAAAAGGUUCUUCCUCUUCAGAAAGCGAGCCGGAAUUGACUCAGCUCAAAAAAGAAGCCGACUCAGGCCUCUUAAUGGAGCCUGUGAUCCGAGUGCAGCCACCCUCACCGUUACCAUCCAGUAUCGACUCCAGUUCUAGCCCCGACGAAGCAGGUUUUCAACCCAUCGAUUCGAAACAAUGUUCUAUCACGAUAGGUGCAGUGCAAGCAGAACAGGAGAAGCCAACAGAAGGUGACAAAGAGGAACCACUUGCCCUUGGGAGCAGCUGUAAGGCUUCCACAACAGGCUCGGGCACUUGUCAUUCUGAUGGUUGCAUAUCGGCAGAAACCGACGAAUCAAAAUGCGGCGGUCCGGGCGACUGUGAGAUGGUUAGUCCUGACGGCCCAGUCACACGGUCUGGGGGCGCUCAGUGUCAUUCCACAUGUGAUGGUUCUCGAAAAGAAGGCCACGUUGAGUCUUCACUGACAUUACAGCAACAUGGUACUACCGAAAAAGAUGUCAAAACCGCGGCAUUGUUAACACACACAGAUCUCAUUUCUACAGGAGCCGUGUCGGAGAAAGUAGAGGGUAGUUCUUGUGGACACGCUACCUCUGUACCACAAGAGGGCAAACUAGCUGAAGACGAUACCGCUGGCCAUUCUGCUUUGGGAGAAGCAGAUACAGAUUUUGAAACAUCUCGAAGAGAAAUUCCUGCCGAGGACCCCUUGGCAGAGUAUUCAUCCUUUGCCACUGAAACGGUGGAACUUGAAAGUCAUGUAGCAGACGCUGCCGAAAGCAGCACUCCUUAUAUAGUAAGCCCUUACGAAAAUGUCUCUUCUGAGCAUUUCUUUACUGACUGUGAAAGGAAAGUAGGAUCUGGUAAAAGUCUGCUAUCUAGGGAAACCUAUUCUGUUGAAGAAGGACAAGAGCAGACCAGUGAGGCUUUACUUAGCAGAGAUGCAGGUAGUGAAUAUCACUCCUCAGAGGAAGUAUAUAUGGAAAUAGAGCCAAAACCAGAGGGUGCAUUUCAGGAUAUGUCACAAGGGUCAUCAGCAUCAGAUUCCACGAAAGUAGCUGAAUCUGCCCUGGAGGAUCUAAGAGAUGAAACAGAGAAAUUGAUGGGUCAAGUUGUCAUCACUAAAACUGAUGUGGAUUCUGACAUGUGGAGUGAAAUACGUGAAGACGAUGAAGCUUUUGAAGCUCGGGUGAAAGAAGAGGAACAAAAGAUAUUUGGGUUGAUGGUAGACAGGCGAUCGCAAGGCACAACACCCGAUACAACACCGGCCAGAACACCCACCGAAGAAGGGACGCCGCUUAGCGAACAAAAUCCUUUUCUUUUUCAGGAAGGAAAGUUGUUUGAAAUGACUAGAAGUGGAGCCAUCGACAUGACCAAAAGGAACUAUCCGGAUGAAAGCUUUCACUUCUUCCAAAUGGGGCAGCAGCCUCAGGAAGAAGUCUCUUUAUCUGAAGAAGUGAAAGAAGCAGCAGAGGUGGAAUCUUCUAAGAUGAAGAGCUCACCAGAUAAGUUAAAAUAUUCACCCCCAGCAUCUGAGUCUAGUGAUAAAUCAGAAGAAAUGACGGGUGAAGGUGUCGGCGUAGGCACCGCAAAAGCAGAUCUUAAAUCCAGAAUUCCAAUUAAAAUGGGUAUAUCAGCUUCUUCAAAAUCACCAAAGAAAGAAACUGCUGCCUCUGAAGCUGAGCCCCUCUCCAGAAUGGAGAAUGACACAGUUGAUAGCAGUCAGGUGCCUUGCCCUACCUCUCCUGAGGAGUCCGUAGAGGAAGAUGAAUUAGAUUUUUCCAAAGUCACUAGGUUAGUUUGUUCUGAACAGGGCGACGAGUCCCCGGACUCUUCUCCGGAGGAACAGAGAUCUGUGAUUGAAAUCCCUACUGCUCUAAUGGAGAGAGUGCCUUCUUGUGAAAGCAAAUCCAAAAUUCCUGUAAGAACAGUUGCUGCUGCAUUGCAAUCCUUGCAACAAUCGGAAGACGAGGGCCUUCCCGCAGACGGCUUCCUAGAUGGUUUGCAGUGCGAAGGAAAAGAUGACCAAGCGAAACCAAAGUCUAAAAUUCCUGUUAAAGCAGCUUUCCAAAAAGCUGAACAGUAUACAUACACAGACGCAUCUGUCCGCACGCUGGAGUCACCCAAAGCUCUUGACACGACAAGUAAACUACCUAUGAAACAAGAUAACCGCAGUAAAUCUGAAUCUGAUGCAAGUAUUCCCAUGGACCCAAAGACUAAACGUUCAAUAAAAGCUAGGAGUUAUGCCGAGGCAGAAGCAGAGACCAGGGAGAGGGAGAGAGAGAUGAAGCUUGAGCUAGACUCAGAUGAGGCAACAACAGCAAGACCCAAGGUAUUUUCAUCGCGGUUGCCAGUCAAAAGCAGAAGCACUACAGCCUCCCGCAGUGCUUUUAGUCCCACCAAAGAAAGUAAGGAACAUUUUUUUGACCUUUACAAAAACUCCAUAGAAUUCUUUGAAGAAAUUAGUGAUGAAGCUUCUAAAUUAGUGGAAAGACUCACGCAGUCAGAGAGAGAACAAGAAUUAGUUUCAGAUGAUGAAAGCAGUAGCGCCCUAGAAGUUUCAGUUAUUGAAAAUGUGCCAUCCAGUGAGACUCAGCAGUCAGUUCCUGAAGACAUCUUUGACACCAGACCCAUUUGGGAUGAGUCUGUAGAGACUCAGAUUGAACGUAUCCCCGAUGAAAAUGUCCAUGACCAUGCCGAAGAUCAACAGGAUGAUCAGGAAAGGACAGAGGAAAGACUGGCCCACAUUGCUGAUCAUCUUGGAUUCAGCUGGACAGAGCUAGCAAGAGAACUGGAUUUCACGGAAGAGCAGAUUCACCAGAUCCGAAUUGAAAAUCCUAAUUCGCUUCAAGACCAGAGCCAUGCGCUCCUCAAAUACUGGCUGGAAAGGGAUGGGAAACACGCCACAGAUACAAAUCUUACCCAAUGUCUUACAAAAAUCAACCGGAUGGAUAUCGUUCACCUAAUGGAGACCAGCGGCAUAGACUCCAUGCAGGUCCACGGCACUCGCACGUACGCGGAAAUCGAACAAACCAUCGGACUGGACCACAGCGAAGGCUUUUCUGCACUGCAAGACGACCUGUACAGUUCCAGACAUAAGCAAGAACAGCAACACAGAAUGCCUAGAGACAGUGAGCCAACUGAACACCCGCCCAUAGUCUCCGAGGAAGAUGUGUCUGUCAGUUAUUCUCCUUUUCCUGAGAGUACUCCCCGCAGUGAGGCAGAACUAUCAAUGGCUCAGCUCUCAAGACAAGCGCAGAAGGAACAAGUAGAAGCUGAAAUCUCAGGGAAAUCCCAAGAUGUGCCAGAUAAACCAUCAGCUUCACAACAUGAAUAUUUUGUCACAGCUCCAGGAACAAAACACACUACAGCACCAGGCACUGGAAAAGCCCCAAGCACACAGUCUGCAUGCUGCACUGUGGCAAAGAAAGAGACAGAAAAGCCAUCCCCACAAACACCAUCAUCUGCUCAGAGAGCCGACUCGCCCAUCAUCCAAGAGCCUGAUGACCCCCAACUCCACCAGGAUGACCUCUCUUCAAGAACUAAUCUACUGAUAGUGGAGUCAACUGAUGAACAGACACAAGACCUUGGAAGGGACUACAGAGAAGAAUCUUUAGAAAAGGAGUUAGCCAAGGAGUUAGGUGGGCUGGAGACCAGCUCGGACGAGGACGAGAUGGUCACUACCAGGGUCAUUCGUCGCCGGGUGAUUAUUCAGGCUGAUAGUAUGCCUGAAAUGCCACCAGAAACAGUCACAGAAGAGCAGUAUACAGACGAACAUGGCCACACAGUGGUAAAGAAGGUCACUAGAAAGAUCAUCCGGCGAUAUGUUUCUCCAGAUGGCACAGAACAAGAGGAAGUCCUAAUGCAAGGAAUGCCACAAAAACCUGUCUCUGUCGAAGAAGGAGAUGGCUAUUCCAAAGUUGUAAAACGGGUCGUGCUGAAGAGCAACAGUGAACAGUCAGAGGUGACCCUGUCUGAACCCGCUGUUUUGCCUAGUGCCUCCAAAUUCCAGUCUGAACCAGUGGAAGGCCGGAAGGUCAGCAAAGUCAUCAAGACCACUGUAGUGCAAGGAGAGAGAAUGGAGAAACACCUGGGGGAUGCUAGCUUAGCUACUGAUCUUCCGUCAGCCAAAGAGGACUUUGAAGAGGCUUUGAGCUAUACAGGUAACCAAAUGAAAGUCCAACUCCCUGCUUUAGUAGAGAAAGAAAUCAUGACAGAGGACGGAUCAAUUAUUAAAAGGACAACACUGAGUAAAGCCAGCACGCAGAAGAGGACUGUGAUGAAGGAUCGGUACGGAAAACACGUUCACAUAGAAGAGCUGGAAGACACACCAGAAGCACUACCACAGGAUGACCUCCAACAUGACCUCCAGCAGCUUCUCAGACACUUCUGCAAAGAGGACUGGAAACAGGAGGCGAAGUGAGAAGCUGCCACCCCUCCACACCACCGCCUAACCACCCACCCACCCCGAACGCAGCAUUCAUCUUCUCUAGGUGUAGACGUUGUUACCUACAUAAUCACUGGAAGACACUGCCAUUUCUACUCAUGCAGACGCAGUGAUUUCAUUUCUUACCCCUUCCCCGUAUUUGAUUUUGGGUUUUUGUUAUUUUUUUACCCCGUAAGCUAAUUUGUGACCAAAGAUAGCAUCCUUCAUUCAGGAUGAUUUAUCCACCGAAUCGUCGUCUUUGUGCUGUACUGGGAAUUUGUCAGCAUCGCCACUUCUUGCUGUCCCUUUGCUUCUGCGCUAGCUUCAUGAAGUUGCAUUUGUCAAGCCCACUACAUCUACAGGCCUCUUCGAGUGACUAUGUACAUGCAUCAUAAAAAGGGAGUUAACGUGUAAACUGUAUAUAGCAAGAGUAUUUGGACUUACAAGACUGCAGAGAACACACUGCCUGUGACUACGAUUAGCAUCAUGGAUUACAAGGUCUAUUGACACUGCUGAACAGCAAUUAAUAACGUAACGUUAACACGAUCGACUGCGAACACAGACUGACUGAGGAGGAAGCACUGCAGAUAUACUGCAUCCAUAAGACUUCCAGUUUAGGGAUCUGUUAUAGUUAAAGGCUCUAAGAGUCAGGCUCAAAAACCUGGAAAUUCAGCUGUUGUCAUGAAGUGACAGCUGACUGUGGCCAUUAAUACUUUUAAGACCGUCGGACAGCCACUUAAGAGAUUUCCAGAAAAA